CAUCCACCCCGCGCUGUGUGACGCCAUCGCCGCGCGACGCGGCGCCUCCGGGAGCCCUGGGUCACGGCGGAGGAUCGUCGUCUGCAGUGACAGGUUCCCUGUGUGGCCUCGCGUGGCCCGGCCUCAGUUUCCCACCUACUGAGUAGAGUUCUGCACGGUCCUACAUCAGGGCCAGUGACUCUUUCCUACUGCCACCACAGCUCUAAGGGAAAACGAUGCAGUUGGGCAGCCUGCUUGGCCUGCUGAGACUCUGCGCUGCGAGGGCAGCCUCCCCUGCACCCUGCCACCUACACACAUCCUCUUGGAGAGCUGAUUGCAACAGGGCUUCAUUCACUCGACUGCGUCGCCAGGCCUAUGGUCGCCUCUACCCUGUGCUGUUGGUCAAACCGGAUGGCUCCACGGUCCAUAUCCGAUACCGGGAGCCAAGAUGUAUGCUAACGCAGAUGCCCCUAGACCUGGAUGCCCUGUCUCCAGAAGAUCGCCGGGCUCGGCUUCGAAAACGUGAGGCUAAGCUCCUGCAGAGGACAGAAGAGCCAGAGAUGGUUGACAGUUUUGACGCUGAACAGUACAAACAGUUUUGGACCAAGACCAAGAAGUAAUUCUGCCAGGGAGUUACAGCAGAGACAUUUUGUAAGGAUGGAGAGGGAUCUGUCUUUAAACAAUACAUUCUUGAAACCAUG